AUGGUAGCUUGCUUGUUUCUCUUGUCCAUUUUCUUCGUUCACCAUGCUGUAGGCCUUAAUGAUCAUUGCAGUACAUCAUCGUGUGGGAUGCAAGGCCCACCUGUCCGAUUUCCGUUCCGAAUCAAAGGCAGGCAACCACUCCACUGUAGCUAUCCUGCAGCUGGGUUUGAUUUAUCUUGCUCGGAGAAGAGCCAUACUGUUCUGGAGCUGCCAAAUUCAUGGAAGCUCUUGGUGCAAGCAAUUGAUUACGAGUCUCAAGUGAUUUAUGCAAGUUAUUUAGAUGGAUUUUGCCUUCCAAGACGGCUUCUUUUUAACUUCAAUCUCUCUGAUAUUUCUCCCUUCUUGUUUAGGGGUGAACUUUACUAUAGUUAUAACUUAUUUAAUUGCUCUUCACAAAAAGAACAUUAUUCUCUCCGGCCAGUCUCUUGCCUAAGUGACCUUCGCUAUCAUAUCUACGCCAUUCUUUCAUAUGCUUCUUUUGAAAACUUAGUCCAGUUGCUGUCUUGCUCCAAGCUACAUAACAUUUCAAUAGUUGCAGAAUAUAGUCUCUAUUCUCCGGAAAGUUUUCUUCCUUUGAAAUGGUACUAUCCAGAUUGUACUUAUUGUGAAGAAGAAGGCAAGUACUGCAGAUUGAAGAGCAAUGCCACUGGAUCUGAAACAGAAUGCUACGGCAUAAUCAAACCAACUAUAGGGUCCGCAAAAAAGUUCAUGGCAACAGGGACAGUCCUGGGUUCAAUUUUUCUUGUAGUAGCAGCCAUUCUAUUCUACCGCAGACAUAGAUUCAACAGAAUAGAAAGAGAAUAUCAGUCCAAGAUUGAGAAAUUUUUGGAUGACUACAAAUCUUUCAAGCCUGCUAGAUAUUCCUAUGCCGUUAUUAAGAGGAUGACAAACCAAUUCAAGGAUGAAUUGGGCCAAGGAGCUUACGGAACUGUGUUCAGAGGGAAGCUAUCUGAUGAAAUCCUGGUAGCUGUGAAGGUCCUCAACAACUCCAAAGGAAAUGGAGAGGAGUUCGAAGAGGCCAAGGUAGCUUUGAUACCGGUGAAGCUACUGAGAUUGACUUUUUGCUGGAAGAGGGUGUAG